CUACUCACCAUUCUCUCCCUCUCUGUCUCUCUCUGUCUACAUACACUAGACUUUCUCUGUUUAACCUCUGUUUUCUUCACCAUUGUCAUUACUCUUCACGACCCCUUUCAUUUCUCUCUCUAAACCUCUCUUUUCCGGCGAAAAACAAAGACCCAAACAUGCCCGCCGGCGGUUUCGGUCCCGGUACCGGUACCGGAAAGGAAUAUCCCGGAAACCUCACUCUCUAUGUCACCAUUACUUGCAUGGUUGCAGCUAUGGGUGGCUUGAUUUUCGGUUACGAUAUCGGAAUCUCCGGUGGAGUGACAUCUAUGGAUUCGUUUUUGAAGAAAUUUUUUCCAUCUGUGUAUGCGAAACAAAAAGCAGAUUCUUCGACGAAUCAGUAUUGUAAAUUUGAUAGUUUCACUCUGACAAUGUUCACUUCGUCUCUGUAUUUGGCUGCUCUGUUAUCGUCUCUCGUUGCUUCGACGGUGACGAGGAAAUUGGGGAGGAAAUUGUCGAUGUUGUUCGGAGGUUUGCUGUUCUGUGCUGGAGCUUUUGUUAAUGGGUUUGCUCAGGCUGUUUGGAUGCUAAUUGUGGGUCGUAUUUUGCUUGGUUUUGGUAUUGGAUUUGCCAAUCAGUCUGUGCCACUGUACCUCUCCGAAAUGGCCCCUUACAAGUACAGAGGUGCACUCAACAUUGGUUUUCAAUUAUCAAUCACAAUUGGCAUAUUAAUAGCCAACAUAUUGAAUUACUUCUUCGCUAAGAUCAAAGGCGGUUGGGGAUGGCGGUUGAGUUUGGGAGGCGCGGUGGUCCCUGCUCUCAUAAUCACCGUUGGAUCAUUAGUCCUUCCCGAGACCCCCAACUCCAUGAUUGAGCGAGGUAAGCGCGAUGAAGCCAAAGAUAAGCUCAAAAGAAUUCGUGGCAUUGAUGAUGUUGAAGAGGAAUUCAAUGAUCUUGUUGUGGCUAGUGAGGCAUCUAUGAAAGUGGAGCAUCCAUGGAGAAACCUUUUGCAAAGGAAAUAUAGACCUCAACUUACAAUGGCUAUUCUUAUUCCAUUUUUCCAACAACUUACUGGGAUUAAUGUGAUUAUGUUUUAUGCACCGGUUUUGUUCAAAACAAUCGGUUUUGGAAGUAAUGCUUCGCUCAUGUCUUCUGUGAUCACUGGUGGUGUGAAUGUUUUGGCGACUUUGGUUUCAAUUUAUGGUGUUGAUAAGUGGGGAAGGAGAUUUUUGUUCCUUGAAGGAGGUGCUCAGAUGCUCAUUUGCCAGAUUGUAGUUGCAGCUUGCAUUGGUGCUAAAUUUGGAAUAGAUGGGAACCCUGGUGAAUUGCCCAAAUGGUAUGCCAUAGUUGUGGUACUUUUCAUAUGUCUCUAUGUUGCAGGUUUUGCUUGGUCAUGGGGACCUCUUGGUUGGCUAGUGCCUAGUGAAAUUUUCCCUCUCGAAAUCCGAUCAGCCGCUCAGAGUAUUAAUGUUUCGGUCAACAUGAUCUUCACAUUCAUCGUUGCUCAAAUCUUCUUAACAAUGCUCUGUCACUUGAAGUUUGGUUUGUUCAUCUUCUUCGCGUUCUUCGUGGUGGUGAUGACUGUCUUUGUGUUCUUUUUCUUGCCUGAGACCAAGAAUAUUCCAAUCGAAGAGAUGGUUGUCGUAUGGAGGGAACAUUGGUUCUGGUCAAGGUUCAUGACAGAUGUCAAUUAUCCGAAUGGAGGGGUUGAAAUGGGCAAGGGAGGAGAGCCUACUAAAUAUGUGUGACCAGCUUCUGGAUUUAAAUUGUUGCAUACACAUGAAGAAUUAGCCCUGAAAUAACUUGAUGAUUAUUAUCUUAUCUAUGAUCUUUUUUUUUUAUUGCUUUUUGUUUUCACUGGUUUUUUGGUAGUAGUAAAUACUAGUAUUGAUUUCAGUUGGUUCAAAUGAAGUUGUGCUUUGAUUUUACAA